GGAAACUUCCGUUCAGUAUAAAGUUUCUGUCAGUGGCAACACAAAAUACUUGGGACGGUGUGGAUUCUACAUGUCAAAGGCGACGGCAUUGAAAAACUUUGCUUCAUAUUUAGCAUUUCCUCAGCCGUGGAUUAUGAGUGACAAGGCCGGAGGGUAGACGUUUGUCAUUCAUCGCAAUUCUAGAACAAGAAAAACUACUUUUGGUCACAUUUCUUGCUGACAAGAUUUGAUUUUUCACGAUGACUUUGUACGGCUGCGCCAACUGUGUGAAGUAUCUUCUCUUUGCCUUCAAUUUGUUGUUCUUUCUUUCUGGAGGGACAGUUCUGGCAGGAGGUGCCUAUCUCUUCACUCGAGAAGGUCCGUUUGCCACCCUCCUUCCCAGUUUCCCGUUCCUGAAUGCAGCCACACUGACCAUGGUUGUUGGUGGGAUCAUGAUGCUCGUAUCCUUUCUGGGCUGCUGUGGAUCUAUCAGGGAGAACUCUUGUAUGGUUUUUACUUACUUUGUGUUGAUGACUGGCAUCCUGAUCGCUGAGAUGAUUGCUGGCGGAUUGGGCAUUUCAAACAGGAACAAGGUUGCUGCGUUUGUGGAGCAAGACAUGACGCAACGUGGCCUGCCGCUCUACGGAACCGUAGGCCAGCAAGGAUUGACAACGGCGUGGGAUCGAAUGCAAAACUUCCUGCUGUGCUGUGGUGUAUCCAACGCAACAGAUUGGCAACUGUUCCAUCCCAGGCUGUAUGGACCAGGAGAGACGCCCGACUCGUGCUGCGUGUCGCACCUUGUGGGCUGCGGAAGAAACCCUUUGGUUGAGAAAUGGGACCGGGGUUGUAAAGACGCUCUCAUCGAAGAACUCCAGAGACAUAUCGGCGCCAUCGGAGGCAUAGGAAUCGGCGUGGGGGUAUUUCAGAUUCUUGGCGUCGUCUUCGCCUUCAUCCUCUGGUGGGCCAUCCGGAACGAACAUCAAGGAUCGUUUGUGUAAACAGCGCCCUCUAUUGACAGACGCAACUGCGCAAAUUUCUUCAUUAAAAAUCCGGAAAUAAGUACACAAGAAAUAAAACGGUUGAAUAAAAAGGUGAAGUGAGUUUAUUUCUGCAUUUAAGGGGAUAAACCGAAUCUGAGAAAGCUAUUAAAGCUAGUUCUGUUUAUUGUAAUUAUAAUUGUCGCACCGAAAAAUGUACACAAAUGUUUGUUCAGCAUUCUCUUCUUUCUUGCCUUUUUUAUUUUCGUUGUAGUUUUUGGGGAGAAUAAUUUUCUCAGCAAAAUCUUCCAAGGACUAUAAAGAGGUUAAAUGUUUUACAGUAUUUUAAAAAGUGAUUUAAAGAUUGUUUGUAAAAAUGCUUAUGUCACUUUUGAAAUGGGCCAGAUUGUGCAAUAAUUAAUGUAUAGGCCUAAUUAGAAAAAUUGAAGUUAAGCUCCUAUGUUGAAUUUCCGUCAAGAAAUUUGUAACCUGAAUUUAUGAACAAGAUUCGUGUACAGGAUUGUUAAAUCGAUUUGUAAUUAUAACUUGCAGCUAGAUUAACUGAUACGUUUUGUUUCCUGGACAGAUGUCAGAUCAACAUUAUUCUUUAAGAAAAAUGAGCCAGUUAUAUUUCAAAAAGCCAAGGUACUAGGUCUUUCGGGAACGAAGCGCACACUUCAGUCAGUAUAUGGCUCCGCUGAUAGGACAGACUAUCGCGCGCGCGCGCGUAGCUGUUCCCGAAUCACAUAACAAUAUCGACAAAUUGAAAUAGCGUCCCCUUUUGAUCACACCUAUUGACAAAUAGAAAUAGCGCCCUCAUUUGACCAUAACUUUUUAAUGAAAUGAAACAGCGCCCCUCAUUUGACCGUUUCGAGCACAAAGCCAUUUUUUAUUCUGAUAAUGUGCAUGUAACUAUAAUAAACUCAUUUUCUUUUAUCAUGUCGUAGUAGUAUCACGAGUCGUGAAUAUGUUUGAUAGAGCCAACGAGAUGUAUGAAAAAAAUUGUACUCAAGGGCAGGGCUCGAAAAUCUCGCAGCAGUUUAAUAACUUUUAAAAACUGUUUUGUCAAUAUUUCUUAUUGUGUGGAUCGUAUUGCCAAAUACUUACUGGAAAGAUCUGACCAAAUCUAGCAAGCAAGUCAAGAGAAAAUAAAGUUUGUUACCCUAAAAUUUUAUCUGAAAUAAGUAAAAGCAAGAAUCAGUUAUGUAAACAUAAGACAGUAAGCAUGAUACAUUAAUUGAUGGAUUGACAGGAUGCACAAUGGAACUAGCCUUGAUGUGACUUACAGUAUGUAUUAGUAUAGGUGAAUACGAUAGCCUUGGCAGUGGUGGAUCCAGAAAUUUUUCCGGGGGGUCAGGACACAGAUUUUUUAAUGAUGUCUCAUUUCUGCGGACAAGCGCAAAAAGAUGAAACAUAACACGCGCCAUAGAUUGUUUACAAUCGUAGUAACGCACUUACUUGAGCUAUUUUAAAUAGUUAUUUUCCCCAUUCUAAAACUAUGUUUUGGUCUAAGAUCAGGUGGGUGGCUUGACCCCGCCUCCCCCCGCUCCGCGCCUGAAGGGUUAUGCUAUCACUGUCGGUUACCAAUGGCCCUUUUCAAUGGCAACAGGCAUUAUAAUAAUGCAGAAGUGUUCCUCAACAAUUUAACCCACCAGUAAACUUACCACCAUUUACGGGGGUCAUCAUUAACGUCCAGCCACAUACAUGUCCAGCUUUGAAUGGUUCAUUUUACGCGAGACAUGUUAAAUUUUUAAAAAUAUAUAUAUCAACGUUCGAAACCUCUUCAAAAGUAUGAGUUUAUUAAAAUUAGAAGAAUUAUUAUUAAAAUUUCUCUCAAAAGGAGGACUGAUCGGACGUAUUGUUUGUCUAUUGGCACAACUAACUACAAUUCAUAUAUAUCGCGUAUUAUUUUCAACAUUAUUAACCAUUUUUAUACAAAGCACUCGACUAAUGAUUACUCACUAUCCCCCCCCCCAGAGAAGAGUAUUAAAGCUUUUAAUAUUUUGUCAUCUGUGUCCAAUAAAAUUCAGCC